AUGGCCACGCCAGCAGCACCCGAAGCUGCAAAAGAGAAUCCUCUCAUUGUCAGUCACGAUGUUUCGGGCGACGUCGACAUCAGCACGCCUCCUAGCGAGCGGAGCCUUAAGCCCUUCGAUCGAAUCCGCUUUUUUCGAACCACACUCUUCCAGAUCCUCAUUGUCGGGAUCUGUGCAUUCUGCGCCCCUGGAAUCUGGAGUGCUAUGAAUGGACUUGGAGUGGGAGGCUCGCAGUCCCCGGAUCUCGUCAAUGCAGCAAAUGCGAUUCUCUAUGCAUUCAUGACGUUUACUUGUUUCGCUGGGCCAUGGGUUACCAACCUCAUCGGCUUCAGGUGGACGCUAGCCAUAGGCUCGUUGGGGUACCCACUCUAUGCGGCUGGGCUGUAUGUCAAUAACCGCUUUGGCGAUACGUGGUUUGUAUAUGUUGGGGCAGUGACAUGUGGCAUCUCCGCAGGGUUCUUUUGGAGCGUCGAAGGAGCAAUUGCCACCGGCUACCCGGAGUCUCACAAACGUGGCCGGUACAUUGCAACGUGGUUCACAUUUCGCAACUUUGGAAACAUUAUUGGCGGCGCAAUAUCCUUGGGCAUCAAUGUCAAGAUCAACGAACGGGGCAAGGUCGGCUAUCAAACGUACCUGGCCUUCAUUGCAAUCCAGUGUCUAGGCUUCUUCUUUGGUUUGUUACUGUCAAACCCGGAGAAGGUUCGCCGCGACGAUGGUACCAGAAUACAAGCACCCAGAGGAAUCAACUGGCGCGUCGAAGGGAAAGAGAUGUGGCGACUGCUCACAAGCAAAUCCAUUCUGUUACUGACGCCACUCUUUUGGUACUUCGGUUACAUGCAAGGCUAUCCAGGCACAUAUCUCGCCACCUACUUCACUGUUCGCUCGCGAGCAUUAGGGAGCUUCAUGUCUGCUGUUGUUGGUACCAUGGGUACCUGGCUUGGAGGAUCCCUGGUGGACCUGCCAUGGGCAAAGAAGCGACAGACACGUGCCGUUGCCGUCUUCAUAUUGAUUGCAGCUUGCAACAGCGCUACGUGGAUCUGGGCCGUAAUCAUACAGAAUGAGUAUCAACAUACUCAUCCAACACUCGACUGGGGUGACCAGAAAAGCUUCCCAAGAGGAUUUGGUGUCUAUAUGCUAGAGCGGAUCAGUCUCGGCAUGGUAGAGAACUACAUCUAUUGGUGCAUUUCCAAUCUUUCGGACUCUCCUGGAGACCAGAUCAGGUACAGCUCCUUGCUUCGAGGGAUUGAAACCGCCGGAGUCGCUGUGGGGUUUGGGGUCCAAGCGGUGCCGACCGUACUCAUUGCGACAGCCAGUAUCAACCUCGGAUUUUGGUUCUUUGCGCUACCAUUUGGCUAUCGUGCCACACUGCAGGUAGUGAAGAAGUUCGACGAGCUGGAUCAACAACGGGAGCAGAGACGGGUUGAGACCAAUACCAAUUCAAACACGGGUCCCCCAGAUACGACCCUAACUUGGAAGUCCUAA